AUGACAGCUCUUAAAGAGAAUACAUAUGUUGAUAACAUCAUGAAAACUGGAAGUGAUACUGACGACUUGAGGAAAUUUAAAGAAGAAAGCUCCAUCAUUCUUGAGGAUGCCAAAUUCCCAAUCCACAAGUGGGAAUCAAACAUCGCGUGCCUCGAAGACGAAAACAUGCCAAAUCCAAGUAAAAUACUCGGACACGUCUGGGAUAAACAAGAAGAUACAUUAGAAUUCGAAGCAGCAACUAUGCCUGAGAACCAACCAGUAACAAAGAGGAGCAUUUUGAGUCGGUUGGGAAGAGUCUACGAUCCUUUGGGAAUGGUAUCGCCUACCAUGGCUGAGGGUAAGCACAUAUUUCGAAAUGCCUGUGAAGAAAGAAAAGGUUGGAGCGCUGAAGUGUCAGAAUCCUUGAAAAGAAAGUGGAUCAAAUGGAACAAUCAAAUGAAGAAUGUUAAAGUUCCUAGAGCUAUAACUAAGAAAUCGGACGUGAUUGAAGGCAUUCAACUCCAUUUGUUUGCAGACGCUAGUAACCUUGCUUGCUGUGCAGCAACAGUCGCAGUGGUAGAGCACAAAUCAGGAACUGUGAAAGGUCUGUUAACGUCCAAAUCUCGAAUUUCCAAAAAGAACACCACAAUACCGAGGUUGGAACUUGUGAGUGGUCAAAUGGCGGCGAACAUGGCAAGGAAUUUAUACCAUGCGCUACUGCGAUUGCCUGUUAAGUCUACCAUCAUCUGGAUGGACAGUAUGGUCGCGCUUUACUGGUUAAGUAACCCUGGAAAGCCUUGGAAGACUUUCGUCGCUAAUAGAGUUAAGAAGAUAGCAGAAAUUACCAACGAGAUUGGUUUGGUGUGGAAGUAUUGUCCAUCAAGUGAGAACUUGGCGGAUCUAGGCAGCAGGGGAGCUACAAUUGAGAAAGUGGUAAAAGACGGAUGGUUCACUGGUCCUGAGUAGUUGUUACAUGUAGAACAGUGGCCCAAACAACCCCAGCUUAAGGUUACUACACACGUAAGCGAAGAGAGAAAACCCAGCAUGGUGGAGGUCUUUUUUACCUUUUUUUCGUAUUGGCGCACAUUAAGAGUUACAGCGUGGGCACUGAGAUUCCUGCACAAUUGUCUGGUGAAACGGCGUAAAGAGAAAAGAAAAUCUGGGCCCAUCGGAAACGAAGAAAUCGUGAAAGCAAAGAAUACAUGGGUGAUAAGGAUUCAGAAAAAUAUUAACCCAACUCUACAAGCACCUGGCUGAAAAAUCUUCGAAGAUAAGAACACAAACAUUCUCAAAUGCAGGGGAAGAGUUCGGGGAUAUACUCCAACAUUUAUCGAAAGAGGAUUGUUUGCAGAGAAGCUUAUCACACAUACACACAAUCAAAUUAUGCAUCUAGGCAUUGCAAAUACAAUGGCCGCCUUGCGAGAAAACUGGUGGAUCCCUCAACUAAGAUCGAAGGUAAAGAAGGUGAUAAAAAAUUGCAACGUUUGCAAACUGUACUCCACGAAACCAUACGGAGCGACAGCGACAAGUAACAUGCCUAAAUUUAGAACUGAGACCAGCAAGCUAUUUGAGAUCACUGGCGUGGAUUUUGCCGGACCGUUAAGGUACAAGGUCAACAAAAAGGAAGAAGGAAAGUGUUACGUUCUAAUCUUUACUUGCGCUGCAUGCAGAGCCGUUCAUUUGGAACUAACUAAAACUCAAGAAGCUGGUGAAUUUCAGCGAAAACUUAACGCAUUUAUUGCACGUAGAGGAAGACCUCGCUUGAUGAUUUCCGAUAAUGCUGCUACUUUCAAAGCGACUGCAAAGUGGACUAAGCUAAUUCGAAAAAGUGAGAAGCUUCAGGAUUUCCUCGCAACCCAAGAUAUCUAUUGGAGAUUUAAUCAGGCAAAGUCCCCAUGGUGGGGAGGCAUCUACGAGAGGCUGAUUCGUGAAAUCAAGAAAACCUUAUACAAAACCUUGGGAAAAUCACACCUAUUCUUUGAAGGUUUGGAAUCGGUCGUAUUGAACAUCGAAAGCAACAUGAACAACCGUCCGUUAACUUACGUAGAAUGUGAUGGUGGGGAGGAACAAGUCCUGACGCCAAACAUACUCAUUCGGGGGAAAACUCUUACAUGUUCGACGAUGUUGAAGAUGAAGAAGACGAGCUAACCAAGAUGCAAAGAAGACUUAGAAAAGCAAAAGAUGAUGCAUGGAAACGAUGGAAGCGGGAAUAUGUGCAUAGUUUACUGGAGAGCCAACGAGUCAAUAACAAGGUUGUCGAAGUACCACAGAUUGGAGACGUUGUCCUGGUAGUGGGAGAAGAACAGGGGAGAAUGGAAAAAAGGGAAAGUGCUUCGACAAGUUCGUGGAAAAGACGGUGUAGUCAGAGGAGUUGUGCUGUUGCACAAAGGGCAUACUAUUGAACGACCACUGCAGUUGAUCUGUCCGCUUGAGAUUCACUGCACACCAAACGAACGACACAAAGAAGUUGAAGAAAAGGAAUCGGAGAAAGAAAAGAGACCUCAGAGACAAGCCGCAAAGAAAGCAAUCAAGAAAAUAAAUGAACUAACGCAGUUGGAAGAGGACUGAACAUUUAAUAUAUACGUUGAUAUUCGGUUUUGAAGCUAUAAAAAUUAAACUUUAAUUUUUAGGGGAGUGUGUACGGAAUAGUGGACCCUCCCAUAUAAGUGACGUAAGCAUGAUUGACGUUUGCAUAAAAGAAACAUUAAGAGCAUGUUGAUGGGGGGUCGUUUAUUAUUAGAUUAUGUGAGACGAGACAAAACAAAACAAGUGAUUUGUGAGCGUGAGAAUUCUAUAUUUUUAUACAAAUAAAUGUAAUUUGUCUUUGUGAUUUCUGUGGUUGUAUACCUGUUAACAAUUUAACAAGAGAAGUUCGGUAUAGGGGGUUGAACUUUGUUGCCCACGAACAUUCGAGCCACGGGUCAGUGGAAACCCCCAUGAAAAUAGGUCGAUUGUGACGUCAAAUCCGCCAUGUUUUUGGCCACACACUUUCGUCGAGAGCACGAUCUCCAGAUAUAUAAGUAUAGCUCAGUGAGUGUAGCCCACCGGAAUUAGCACCCGGAAAUUAGAUACCGGAACUUGAUAUAGUAUGACGUAACGGGAAAAUGCCCGGAUAUAAAAAACAUGUUGUCUUGAUUUAGUUUUGAGAGUUAUCGAAAAAAGCGUUGUAAAAUACCGAGGAAAACGUACGAAAUAAAUAUAAGUAAUACACCGAACCCGUGUGGAAACUUAAGUAACAUAAGCCUAAUUUAA